UGUAUCAGUUUUGGCCUUUUGGAGAUAUAUUGUAAAUGUGUAAUGUAUCUUGUUUUGAGGACUCUUUUGAAAUAUGAAUAUUCUAGAUGCAAUUUUAUUACUCCAUAAGUCUUUCCAUAUUUUUAUUUAUAUAAAUAAAGAAGUAUUGGAAAAAUCAAUUUCUGUUUUGGACUGUGAUAUCCUUGCAAUUUAUGAGAUUAUCACAUUAGUUAGUAGUGUUUCUUGCAUGGUGUUGAUACUAUUAACUCUUGGGUCUCAAGCCAUUAUGCUUCAUGCAAUCCCACUCAUGCCUUUUUUAAUGGCUUAGUUCUCUUAAGAUAAGGAAAUAUAUUAUUCAUUCAGAAAUAUUUAAAUGUAAAAAAUGCAUAUUAUGUGGGGAAACAUUCUGUACCAGUUUCCAUCUCUACGGCGCAUAGCUUCUAGGAAGAUGAGAAUAUGUCCAGAGUUUGUUGGAAGAGCUGAUAAUUUUUUUAAGGAGAAAUGGCAAUUCAGAAAAACUAGUAAUGCUAAGAGAGCAAUGGUCGUUGGACUUGGUGGACUCAAAGUAUUUGGGGUUCUCAUUCUAAGAGGCCUAUUAAAGGAUCCUAUAGUUGCACAAGUUGGCUUUAUCAAGUUUAUUACAAGCAUAAAUCCUCUACUUCAGGGCAAAUAUCCAGUCUCAUAUACAUGUGGUGCACUUUGUCUGCAACUUCUCUGUGUAUGUGCAUCACAUAUACUGUAA